UCAGUUUGUCUACCGAUCAACAAAACAAUGAAGUUUCUUCAGCUUCUAGCACUGUGCGUCCAACUCAAUUCUCUACCGUGUUCGCUGGCAAACUAUCCCAUAUCGCCAUGUCCAGAGAUAUUUCAAUACCGUAAGGACUCAAAGUUACUCUCCGUCUACGGUGCAAUCACCGUCGAAGGAUAUCGCAAUGGUUUCAACAACUCUUUGGAAGUGAUUCUUUCCAUGUCAUCAAUCGCGCACUCAACUGGUUCCUUGGAGCUACUAAACAUCGUUGAUCUUCCUCGGAAGCCAGCCAGACUGAGAAUAUCACUGUCACAUCCGUUGCCGAACCUGGUUUCGAUCAAGUUGAAUCGGAAGAUUAUAUGUAGCGGGCCUCCGGCACAAGGGCAUAGAGUGACCACGAUCAAAUUGAAGCAUUAUACCAACAUACAGACGAUAAAUGACGAUGACCAAAGUGACAGUGACGAUUCUGGUAGUGAUGAAAUAAGCACUAAUGCGCCUCCAUUGAAUAGCGUUAAAUUUAACGGUGAAGACCAACAUGGGACACUGACGAACAAACAGAUUUGUGGACAACCUGCCAGCCCAGCUGUAGCCUUACUGUUUCGAGGGACCAAAACCCGUCGAGGCGAGUGGCCUUGGCUGAGUGCAAUAUAUUUCAAAAACAGCGACUUGGGUUCGCUGCAAUUCCGCUGUGGAGCAACUUUAAUUUCAGACAAAAUUCUAUUGACGGCUGCCCAUUGUCUGCUGACAGAGAAUAGAAAUACUCGUCUGCAAGCAGCUGAAAUAUUGGUAUCACUAGGACGUUACAAUAUCAUGGACUGGACGGAGAUAGAGGCGAAAACCAUCAACCCUCGAGCCCUGGUGGUGCACUCUGGCUUUCGAGGUGAUGCUUUCGAUUACGAUAUAGGAGCUAUUAUACUACCGAACGAAAUCAGCUACACUAGCUCAGUCAGACCUAUUUGCCUGUGGGAUGGUGAAGCUGAUGAAUCGAUCAUAGUCGGCCAGCUGGGGACCGUUGUUGGUUGGGGCUUCACCGAGUCAGGGAUUAUUUCCGACGUUCCCAAAAGUGGCCAAGUGCCGAUCGUAUCCGAAGUAGAUUGCAUCCGUUCCGACAUCGGAUUUCAGUUGACAACCUCGAAGCGCACCUUUUGCGCUGGAGGUCAAGGUACCGGACCAUGUCAAGGUGACUCGGGUAGUGGACUGUACGUGCGGCGCGCAGGUCGUUGGCUACUGCGGGGAAUUGUAUCCUAUGCACUCAUCGACCCGGACACGGGCAAAUGCGAUACGCGUAAAUAUGCUGUCUACACGGAUGUAGCCAAGUAUCGGGAGUGGUUGGAGGAGCAGGAUCUUCAGGUUUCAUGAGAAACAGGCGCCACCCCCAGACACGACAUAUCCCAUUAGUCGGGCACACGGUCACCAGACACAGACUGCGAGAAAAAUGACAAUAAAAUCGACUCUGAUAAUGAAACCAUGCGCGCGGUGUCAUAUUACCUACCAGCCGAGAGGAUCUGAAAAUAACAAAGAAUGAGCCCGUUAGAAGCCUAGUUGGCGCCGGAGAGUGUUUGGUCACGGUUAAAUAAUAAAAAAAACCCGACAACAGGGUAUUUUGGAAUGUAUAAGCCAGGGGAAAAAUUUAAAAUCACUUCUAAUCAAGAUCUUAAUUGUUAACCGUAAGAGCCUUUAAACCGUAUAAAGAUGCGAUAGGAUUAUGAAGCGAGUG